AUGCAGGGUGCGUGCGUGGCAAUCGUGUGCGCGCUCCUCCAAGGCGUCAUUUCGCAGCCGCCCAAAGAAAUGGACACUCAAACGGAAUGCACGGAUGGCUAUCAUUGGGACCCUCAGACAGAGCACUGCAAAGACAUAAAUGAGUGCGAGACCAUCCCCGACGCGUGCAAAGGGGAGAUGAAAUGCUUCAACCACUACGGCGGCUACCUGUGCCUCCCCCGCUCGGCCUCGGUCAUCCCGGCCCCGGAGCCCCCGGCGGCGCCCACCGAGGCCUUCAACCCUUGCCCCCUGGGCUACGAGCCUCAGGGAGACAGCUGCGCGGACGUGGACGAGUGCGAGCGAGACGAAGACGACUGCCAGCCCAGCCAGCGGUGCGUCAACACCUUGGGGGCCUUCGCCUGCCACUGCCCCGACGGCUACCGCAAAGUGGGCACCGAGUGCAUCGACAUCGACGAGUGCAGGUACCGCUACUGCCAGCACCGCUGCGUCAACGUUCCCGGUUCCUUCACGUGCCAGUGCGAGCCCGGGUUCCAGCUGGCGGGAAACAACCGAUCCUGCGUCGACGUGAACGAGUGCGAAAUGGGCGCUCCGUGCGCUCAGCGCUGCUACAACACGUACGGCACCUUCCUGUGUCGCUGCGACCACGGCUACGAGCUGGGAGCCGACGGAUUCGCUUGUAACGACGUGGACGAGUGCGGCUACUCCAGCUACUUGUGCCAGCACCGCUGCGUCAACCAGCCGGGAAAGUUCUCUUGCGUCUGCCCCCAAGGCUACCAGCUGCAAGGCACGCGACUCUGCCAGGACAUCAACGAAUGCGAGACGGGCGAGCAUCAGUGCACGUCGGCGCAGACGUGCGUCAACAUCCACGGAAGAUACCAGUGCGUGGACGCCGACCGAUGUCUGGAUCCCUACGUGCAGGUGUCGGAAAAUCGCUGCGUGUGUCCGGCGACGAAGGCGGCGUGCCGAGAUCUGCCCUUUUCCAUCGUGCACCGCUACAUGAGCAUCGCGUCGGAGCGCUCGGUGCCGUCCGACGUCUUCCAGAUCCAAGCCACCAGCGUCUCCCCCGGCGCCUACAACACCUUCCGCAUUCGCUCGGGCGACCCGCACGGAGACUUCUACAUCCGGCAAAUCAACAACAUCAGCGCCAUGCUGGUGCUGGCCCGCGCCGUGUCGGGGCCACGCGAGUACACGCUGGACCUGGAGAUGCUGUCCGUCAACCCGCUGCUCAGCUACCAGGGCACCUACCAGAGCAGCUCCGCCCUCAGACUCUCCAUCUACAUCGGACCCUACGCCUUCUAG